AUGUCAAUUGACCUCGAAUGGGACAAACUGGAUUCUUCUCUGUCAACGAAACUGGUCGAGAUCCUUAACAGACAGCUAACCUCAACCUCUCGCCCGUCCUUUAUCGGUCCAGUGGAAGUCACUUCCCUUGAAUUCGGCUCUACGGCACCUGACGUUGAGUUGGUCGAUUUGCGAGACAUAUACCGCGAUUUUAUCGAAGAUGACGAUGAAGAAAAGGAUCCGGUGAAGGUGACGGAGGGUGGGGACGAUGAUGACGAGUUUGAAUGGGUGUCACGACGGGCAGCGCACAAAGAGGAACGCCUUGCCUACCAACAGCAAACCUCAGGCCAUCUGCGUUAUGCGCCUCGCACGGGUUCUGCUGACAUGUACACUUCUGCUCCAUCCCUGCACAUGCCGGGGGAUAUGUGGAAUCCAGGAUUCCAGAGCAUGGUUGAUUUUCGACCAGGAUUCACAACCUGGCCCAAUACUCCGGGAUAUCGCAGCCCUACCAAAGCAGCGGCGCCCGUGUCCCUCCAUUUCAGUAUCAACUGGAAUUCAGACUUGCGCAUAACGUUGACGACUUCUUUGCUUAUUAACUAUCCUUCUCCCAUGUUCAUGUCGCUUCCAAUCAAGCUCUCUGUUACUGGUCUCAUCUUUACAGGCGAGAUUGCUGUUGCAUAUGAAGGGGAGUGUAGGCGGGUGCAUCUGUGUAUACUGGAUGAAUUGGAUCCCUAUGGUCCGGCUGGGGAUCGCCCAAAACGCGACCCAGCUAGCAGUACCCCGCCGGAACUCGACGACGACUCUAAUGUCAGUGAAAACAGACUGUCUAAACCCCUUCCUAUAGGACAACGUCUCCUUCCGUCCAUCUAUAUCGAGAGCGAGAUAGGACAAACAGAUAAGCACGUACUCAAAAACGUGACGCGCGUGGAAAGAUUUAUCCAAGAUGUUAUUCGGAAGACCGUCGAGGAGGAGUUGGUGUUCCCUAACUUCCACACAUUGAUUAUGAGCGAGCCAUAG